UUCAAAGCUGGAGUGUUGUCGCGCAUGCUCAUUGUUAUAAUGUGGAAAAACCAUAUUGAGAUCCCUUACUGACCUAGUGCGCAUGGCCAAUGCUGUAGUGUGAUUGAUGUUGGUUUGGCUUAUGUGCCUGAGCUCCCGGGACACAAUCAGCUGCACUUCAUAUAAUACAGAAAGUGCAGUGGCAAGGAGAAGUUCGAGAGAGGGCUGCGGGAGAGAGAAAUAGUCGAGCCUACUUCUAUUGCUACGACUGAGUUAUCAAAAAAUGUCAGCGAAUAAAACCAAGAAAGUGAAAAUGGCCACCAAAUCAUGCCCUGAUUGCGACCAACAGAUUCCUGUAGCUUGCAAGUCCUGCCCCUGCGGUUAUGUGUUUAUUAGCCGAAAGCUCUUAAAUGCCAAACUAAAUGAAAGAUCACCACCAGCAUUAGACAAACUGGAUGCGAAGAGAAGACGGACAGAACGAAUCCGCCGAGAGAAGAUCAACUCUCCCUCCACUAAUGACAUGGAAAACAGAAGGCGAUCUCGCUCCAACAGCCAAUCAGAGCAGAUUCGCAGAGGACGGGGUAGACCUAAGACCACAGGUCUGAAGAAACAGGAGGAGGAGAAAGAAAAACAGGAGAAGGAGGUCGACAUCUACGCCAAUCUGUCAGAUGAGAAGGCCUUUGUGUUCUCUGUGGCCUUGGCUGAAAUCAACAGAAAGAUCCUUGGUCAGAGACUGCUCCUGUAGUGCUUACACCAGGAAGGACUUUACGGGUGAAACUCAGGACCCCCCGCUGCCGAGGCCCAGGCAUAACCUCUGCACCUGACAGAGGAGGGGAGGGGGAGGGGGGACGAGGAUUUUAAGACUCAGCCCUGCUUUUGACAGCGGGAGCCGCUUCAACUGGUUGACACCUUGGGUGUUGCCUGGAAAACCUGGUAAUACAGACACCUGCUCUGUGUGGAAAGAUGAGGCGGGACCACAGGCUGUCUAUGAGUAAGCGUGAGAAAACAACACCUCGGGAACGGAUUCUGGGGCUGUGCGAAGUCUAAUGUAUUUAUCUUUUAAUCAGAUUUUACAUGACACAAUAUGCCGAGGGUCCAUCGUCAUCCCAUAAAGGAAAUGCAGGAUGCUCAGCAGAGCGGAAUGUUUUUAUAAAGGGGCUGAUAACUAUGCCAGGUUUAAAAAGGGGUUGAUAACUAUGCCAGGUUUUGCUCGAAACUGUCACAGGGCUGUUCUGGUACUGUAAUCGUGACUCCAUUAUAGUCCUAGGUUUGCUGAUCUACUAAACUGUUCAUUGUAGUUGCCGUGCAGCCCUAUUGUUGAGUAGCAGACCUAGUUUUUAUGCUUGGGGGAAUACCAUUGUAUAUCUUUAUUUAUUAUGCCUUUUCCACUCUAAUUUAAAUGCCUAUUUUAUUAUCCUUUUUUGUUUCUGUUUCAUCCAUGGCAAAGCAUAUCUAAUGUAAUAUUUGCUCUUUGUAUGAGCAUAGUACAUGUCAAAGGAAAAAUCCACUUUGAUUUUAACUCCUGUAUUUACAAGAGGUUAAUUCCUACCAUCCUUGGUCUUGGUGUUUUUGCACUCUCUGCUGUCCAUUAAUGGAAACCAAAUCUACAGAUGGCUGCCCUCCACCAGUCUUAUGUUUCAACACAGAACAUCCUUUAAAGGAUUAUUUUAAGGAAGUAUUCCUCGGAUAACCUGACUCAAGGCCCCAGUUUAUUAUCAGUUUAUCAAAAGAACACUCACAGAAUGGUCUGGAAUGUAGAGAGAACAGAUGAAAACCUCAGCAAAGGUGAUUUCGACACGUGAGUCUGGGAUCAAGAGGAAAUUUGAUCGUUCUGUUUUAAUCUUCUAGUGAACAAGGACCUUAAAAAGAACAGUCAAAAGAAAAUGACCUGUUCUUCAGUUCAACUAAAAAGUAAUAUGGUGUGCAGGAAUGUCUCUGCCAAAUACCACAACCUAGACUGCUCUGCUAGAGCCUUGGUUGAGAAGUGCAGAUCAGUAGCACCAUGCUGUGAUUGGUAUUGUGUGUGGGAUUAUUUGGCAAUAGUAGUUGUGUUGCGGAAGCCACAGGCCACAUCACUCCUGCUUAUAUUAAAUCAUUCAAAAAUAAAAAAUAAUGAACUAUUA